AUGACGAGUGUUGCGAGCCACAAACCUGGAGUCGCUUUAGCGCUCCUCAGAAUGGGAAGCAAGAUCAGAGAAGUGCUCAAAACAUAUUUGAAAUUCGUGGGUCCCGGGUUGAUGGUCAGUGUUGCGUAUAUGGAUCCAGGAAAUUACUCAACUGCUGUGGAUGCAGGCGCUACAAACAAGUACGCACUUUUGUUCAUAAUUCUACUUUCCAAUAUAAUUGCCAUUUUUCUGCAGUCACUUUGCAUCAAGCUUGGUACUGUGACAGGGCUGGACUUGUCGCGUGCGUGCCGCAAGUAUUUGCCUCGCUGGCUUAAUUGGGUUUUGUAUAUAUGUGCAGAAGUCGCUAUCAUCGCAACAGACGUGGCCGAGGUAAUUGGUUCAGCAGUGGCUUUGAACAUACUGAUUAAGGUUCCGUUGCCCGCGGGUGUAGCGAUUACCGUUGUGGAUGUUUUAUUCGUCAUGAUUGCCUACAGGCCUGGAAGCUCAUCAAUGCGGUUCGUACGAUUUUUUGAGCUUGCCGUGGCGGCGCUUGUUGUGGGGGUUUGUGUCUGUUUUUGCGUGGAAUUAGCGUUCCUUCCACAUAUUCCAGUGAGAGAAGUAUUCCGGGGCUUUGCUCCAUCGAAAGAAAUGUUUCAAAACAAUGGAAUUUAUAUUGCAACGUCUAUUCUGGGUGCCACUGUCAUGCCACAUUCUUUGUUCCUCGGGUCUGGUUUAGUUCAGCCAAGGUUACUGGAAUAUGAUCAGAAGAAUGGCAACUACUCAAAGCUGGUCUCAGCAGAAGUAAACUCGGUGGACUCGUCCUCCGAGAAGGUAAGUGAAGACGAAAAACUGGAUCAAGCUUACCUCAAUUACAAGCCUACAAUGUCUGCCAUCAGCUACGCUUUGAAAUACUCUAUCUGGGAACUAGCUAUCACGCUAUUCACUUUCGCGCUCUUUGUUAACAGCUCGAUUUUGAUUAUUUCAGGUACUACGUUGUACGGGUCUCCAGAAGCCGCUGGAGCUGACUUGUACACAAUUCACGAUCUCCUCUCUAAAAACCUGGCACCCGUUGUCGGCACAAUAUUCAUGCUAGCCCUACUCCUGAGUGGUCAAUCCGCUGGCAUUGUGUGUACUAUUGCCGGCCAAAUUGUAAGUGAAGGUCACAUCAAUUGGAAAAUGAAACCCUGGAAGAGACGCAUAGCGACAAGAAUGAUUUCCAUUAUACCUUGUCUUGCUAUUUCCUUAAGCAUCGGACGUCCUGCACUCUCUAAAGCUUUAAAUGCGUCGCAAGUGAUUCUGUCAUUGCUGCUUCCAUUACUUACGGCGCCACUGAUCUACUUUACCUGCAAAAAGUCCAUUAUGAAAGUUGAAAAACAUGGCAAUCUGGACGAUCAUACCUCUGCUUCUGAUAUUGAAAACUGUGAUGAAAUUACCAUAGACAUGUCCAAUAACUGGAUCACUUCGAGCGUGGCAGUGGUUAUUUGGCUCUUCAUUUCCGUGUUGAAUGUUUAUGCUAUCGUACAACUGGGUCUGUCUCAUGGCGAUAUCAGUUGA